AUGGCCGCCACCGCCGGCGACGGCUCCGCCUCCGCCGCGGCGUUCUGGACGGCGUGCCCGCACUGCUGCUACGUGCACUCCUACCCGCGCCCCUACGUCGGCCGCCGCCUCCGCUGCCCGACCGCCGCCUGCCGCCGCGCCUUCUCCGCCGACGAGCUCCCCUCCGCGCCGCCCAUCGUCCCCGGCGCCGACAUGUACUUCUGCACCUGGGCGUUCUUCCCGCUCGGCCCCGCCGCCGCCGGAGGGUGGGCCCCCUUCACCCCCUUCAACCCCGCCCCCGCUGCGCCCACGCCCUUCCCCUCCCCCGCCGCCCCCGCCACCGCCACCCCGUCCACCGCCGCCCCCGCGCGCCCUGGACCCACUUCGAGGAAGAAGGUGUGCGUGUGCCUCAAGGGGAGGGCCCGCGCCGAGGCGGAGCAGGAGGAGGAGGAGGCGACGGCCGCCGUCGUCAAUCUCGAGGCGGCGGCGGCGUUCGAGGAGCACAGCGACGGGAUUGACGAGAAGGGCUGCACCGGCAUCAACAUCAACGAGACGGUGGAGCUGAGCGAGCUGGGGUUCCGCGACGACGAGAUCGAGUUGUUCACCACCAUGUCCUGAUCGGUGGGAAGGUGAAAAAAGGUUGUGCCUUUUGAUCAUACCAAUAUAUGCUUAUGCUUUACUACUAACUGCUCAGGAGGAAUGUGGAUGGUUUGCAAAUUGGGAUAGUAACUAAAUAUCGUAGUGUCCAUGUAGUUAAGGUUUGGUUUCUUGUGAUGAAAUGUAGGUAUUUAGGCCUUAGCAAUCUGUAGCUUUUGGGGAUCCUAAUGGCGUGUGUGACUAUGAAGGCGAUCAUGCCGCGCCAGUGGAAAUGCCAAAUGUGGCUCCUUUUGGUUUGGACUUGGAAGUGUAAAGUGGGUUUCAUGCCUUUUUUGUGCCGCAAAAUGUGGGGUUCGUGGCUUCAAUCUGUCAAUUUUAGUUUCAGUUCAUUCUGGUUGUGCACGGUUCUUUA